CUUCAAUGUAAAGCCAUAGCUUCCAACCCACCAACUCCACGACCAAAUCAAUCACCACCCUCAAUCAAGAUGUCCAUCUCACCCAUAAUCACCUUCAAGGCUGGAAGAUGCGAACUUGACGUAAGUCAUCCAAAUAAAAACUACUACAUACCCUGGAUCAAUACUUAUACUUCAGAUAGCAAUCCAGUCAGCCAUAUAAAGUCAAAGCUGAUCCUACACCUGGUUAUAUCUACCUCUACUCUGAAGAUGGUAUGUAUUUCUCUACUGAAACUCCGUUCAAACUAACAAUCCUCAGAGUUGAUCCACUUCUGCUGGCGCGAACGUAGCAAAUCUAUGACCGAUGAAGACAACCUCGACCUGGUUAUGUUUCCCACCGAUGGCCAUUUCCAGCCAUACUCCCAACCUGAUCAGCCUGCCUCCAAGACCAACGGUCGCGUAUUCGUCCUAAAGUUUUCCUCCUCCUCCCAAAGACAUCUAUUCUGGUUGCAGUCAAAGUCACAAUCGAGAAAUGGUGAUGCCAGCUGGUUGAGUCCCCGGGAUUUGAAGAUUGCGUCAAUUGUCGAUACCUUAUUACAAGGCGAAGAAGUCAACGUUGCCCAAGAGAUUGCAACCAUUGCUCCCGGUAAUGGCAACAAUGAUGAGGACGAAACCAUGGAGGAUGUCGAAGGUCAUGGAGAUUCGGAACGGCCUCAAGGAGGAAGCGGCGGCGCUGGUCCAGGUGCUACUGGUGGAGAUAUCAGAGAGGAGGGUGCAGGUGCACGGGAAGGAGGAGCAGAUGGAGGGCGAGCGUAGGUCAUUUUCCAUCGCAUACCGCAUAAUAAAAAGCAUUUUGACUGGGGACUGUAAAACAAGGCGUUUGGCCGCAAUGGGAAUUAAACAAGGCGCCAUGUACUUCUAGAAAGAUGCGAUUUCAAUGCAGAUUGAGAAAUUUCUUGUGGACUUUUGCAGCUCGGAACGAGGCUGACUUUGUUGAUCAGAGCAGGGUCAGGUCCAACAGACGCUGCUACAGUCGUCCAAAAUUUCCUCAAUUCCCUGAAGACCGGCGGUCAAGCACAACCAUCUCAAGGAAAGGUCUUUACAACACUGCCAGACCUAUUGCCUUCGUCUAUCACGAUACCAACCAUUGAAUCUGCCUCGCCAAGCCAAAUAGACAACCUUCUCAGCUAUCUCCCUCCAACCGUACUACUCAUUGCACAAGAGUCGGCCGCCUCUUUCGGAAUGGCAGAACCAAGUGCAGCGGCCGCAAGCGCAGCAUUAGAAGCUCUCAGCCUAGACCAAAAGAAGACGAUCCUGAAGCGCGUACUUCGAAGUCCGCAAUUCAACCAAAGUUUAGGGAGUCUCACGAUGGCGAUUCGAGAUGGCGGGUUGCCAAGUAUCGCUGAGGCUUUGGGCGUCAGAUUAGAAAAUGGAGGGUUGGUCAGAGGAGGUAAUGUUCCUCUUGGAGGAGGUGAGGCAGUGGAAGCAUUCGUAGAAGGCGUCAAGAAGACUGUUGAAGAUAGCUCAUGAUUACCACUACCAUUGUGAGGGCUGGCUAGCUAUGGUCUUUGCUUAGAGCAACGAAUGUAUGUAUGACUAAAAAGACUGCACAGUCUUUGGAAAGUGGCAAGAAUUAGAGGCAUGAAGUCCAUCAUGCAUAAUAGCUCCAUCCCAUAGAUGUAUUUUGUCAGACAGAAAACAAGUAGAUAAUCGCGAU